AUGAAAACGAACCAUGCCUUACAAGAAUUUGGAAAUCUUGUCUUCCCAGACCAUGGUACUUUCUCAGUUCCGUCCUCACUAGAUGUCUCUUCAGAUCAGUUGGUGGACGCAGUAAAGGGAAUCAUUUCGCCUCUAAAAAAGAAGAGGAAGUAUUCCGAUUAUGCAUCCAAGAAGUCUGCAAAGAAGACAAAAGAAAUCCAAAUCAAAUCAACCGACCCUAUCCCAUCCCCAACCAUUUAUGAUGAUAAUCAUGGAUCAAAUUUAGAGGAACCCACAUCUGUUCCUAAAUCUGGUACAACCUCUAAGUCAUUCUCUCUCAUAGAUUUCUUGUUUCAAAGUCCAUCUGAUUCUGAUGAACCAUCCUCUUCCACUCCAGUUCCACCAGCACACGUUCAGUCGGCUUUAGAAAGUCCAAGUUAUCAUGUCUCCUUGGGUUAUGACUCACUUGAGGAUGAUAACCAAGAUGAUGAUAACCAAUCCGAACCUUAA